AUGUACGACUCGCGAGUAUUCAGGGAACCAGUUUCUGACAUUCAGGAGGUGAGUUUUUCAAGUCUUCCUGUUAAAAGUUUUGAAAGUGUCACGUUUCAGCUUCGUAAACCGCUUGAUGCCGACGAUGAGCGUAACUUCUUAUUUGUCAAAGCUAUGAAGAGCGACGCAACGCCGGUUUUUUACAGAGAUCAAGUGGUUGGUCAUCAGUUCUCGCAAGUUUUUAACUGCAGUUCAUGAACUUUUAAUUUUCAGAUCGAUAAACUGAUUCGUGUAUGCAUAAAAGAUGGCCAAAAAGAAACUUCUCGCAAGAAUGUGCUGAGCGCUCUCGAAACCAUCAAAAGACGACAAUACAAAGCGUGGGCAAAGGCGACAGAUGAAGAGAAGAAGAAAAUCGAGCUGGAUCCGUUCGCGGUUGCCAGAAAAGGCAUUAAAAAUUGCCAUCCUCUAAUGAAACUGCUAGGAGUGACGCGUGGAGGAACCACCUAUCAAGUGCCAUUUCCAAUUGAAGAGCCCGAAGCCGAAUUCCGUGCUAUGAAAAUGAUGCGAGACAUUUGUAGGCAACGAGCAAAAAAGGGGGAGACACACUUCAAGUGAGUGAUUUAUCUUACAUCUAAAAAUAAUUCAAAAUUGGGCAUGCAAUUGCUUCCUUGAUUCAUUCCAUAAAGCACGUGUUUCCAGGGACAUUCUAGCAACUGAGCUUCUCGCCGCCAGUCAAAACGAAGGAGCCACGAUUCAGGCAAAACAAGAGCUGCACAAGACGUGCGAAGCGAAUCGCGCCUACGCCCACUAUCGUGCCUAA